AUGCAGACGUAAAAUGAAACGAAUGUUGCCCUCUCGUCAUCAGAAAUUAAGUAACUUUAUUUUUCAUAAGUUUAAGAAAUGGUAUGAGAUCAAAGCAUUUGUACAACUCACUAAUAAUUAAAUUUUUAUUUACAACAUUCAUAUUACUAACUCUUAGCCUUUAAGUUUAAUUUUAGUUCAGCAAAAUCAUCAUAUUUAUCGUAUUACUAGCCUACCUUGUUAUUGAGCUGCUGAAUUUUCUUUAUCAGUGCUUUUAAUGCAAACACCAACAUGUUCGAUGGUAAUUAUUAUUUCAUAUCCAGGAAGAUGAAAGGAGUAUUCAUUUAUUUGAUUAUUACACUAUUAGACUGCUUAUUUAUAACAUCAUUCUUAGUAAUAGAGUAACAGGAAUACCAUUUAUACAUAUACUCAAAUGCAUUUCUGCUUAUUGCAAUAAUAAUCGAUAGUUAUUCACAGUAUGCUAACAGAGACAUUUUGGAAUCAUUGAAAACAUUGAAAAAAGCAUUAGCAAUUCUUAGAUUAUAUAUUUUGAUUUGUUCGAUAUUCGUGAGUUUAAAAUUGGAUAAGCUAAUAAAUUGGGACUGGAGUGCUGUACUCUGGAACUUAUGGUUAGGUCUAUUCUGUUCUAUAGGCAUCGGUAUUGCCUGCGCAAUAGUAACUUUCAAUAAGAUUGUUCAAUAUUUAUUUGACAAAUCAAGCUAUUAAAAAUCAAAAAGUAUCCAUAUUUGCAUAUGUAGUCAUCUUCUAUAUCUGGCUAACUCAAUUGAUAAUUUAUGUCUCAAUAUGCAUAGGUCUCCUAUCCUUUGGUUAUCUAGAUUUCUUAACCAAGAGUCUAAAUUACACAGGCAAAUUCAUAAUUCUUCAAUAUUUCAUUUUGGCUGAACUCGUAAUCAUAAUGCUCUAUUCUAUUUAUUUCCAUAAAGAAAUUAAGGAAUACAUUUUUAGUACUCUCCAAGAUGACGAGCCAUUAACUAAUCAAUAACAAUAAUCUGCACAAACUUAAGGGAACAACUAAACAUUAUAGAUCUUAAACACUCUUUCAUCAAGAACAAGAGUUCCUCAAGUAAUGUAGAAGAUCUCGAAAGCUUAUUUCAGUAUCCCAAAAAGACAACAUAGUAAUGUUCAGGAUUCCAAUUAUGGAUCUCCUGUUCUGAAGAAAUUAUCAAAAGGACACAAAAGAGCUUUCUCGAGUCAAGGUGUGGGUUCGUAAAUGCUUCAAGAGAUAGAUUUUAAGAUAGUCGAAAAAUAAUCAUGUACAAUUAAUUAAGAAUUUGCUAAUAUCGUAAAAUCUUAGGGAGAUAAAAAAAAAAGUAAUUCUUAAUUAAUAAGCGUAAAUAAAUAUAAUAUAUAAGGUUGAUAGGGACGAAUCUAUUCAAAACGAUAAACCCGAUCUUAGUUAGAAUAGUAAUAUAUGCAUCAUUUGUUAUGAGAGAGGACCUAAUGCAGUGUUUAUGAAUUGUGGACAUGGGGGCAUUUGCUAUUAAUGUGCAAUUGAUAUUUGGAAAUAGAAAACUGAAUGCUAUUUAUGCAGAGAUGUAUUAGAUUUAAUAAGAUUUCUAGAAAAUUAUUUAUAUCGUGAAAGUUGAUCUUGAUGAAAGAGUAGGCGAUCUUUUCAAAGUUGUUUCAACCACCCAAAUGAUAGAUUAAUUUAAAAAAUGA